AUGCAUUUAUUUGAUAUAGAUAUUCCUAACAAAAUAACAUUCAAAGAAUCAGAAGUAUUAAAACCAGGAAAUGAGAUAACCACGUUUGAAUGCAAUGGUGUGAAAAUCGGCUUGGGAAUAUGUUACGAUCUUCGCUUUCAAGAGAUAGCACAUCUAAUGGCCAAUGAAGGUUGUGGCUUACUAAUCUACCCGGGUGCGUUCAACAUGACAACGGGGCCUAAACACUGGGAGUUGCUUGGGAGGGCCAGAGCGACUGAUCAGCAACUCUGGGUGGCUCUGGUGAGCCCUGCACGGGAUGCAAAUGCGGAAUACGUGGCUUGGGGACAUACUACCCUUGUAGACCCGUGGGGAGCAGUCGCUGCUAAACUUGAUGAGAAAGAGGAUACUCUUGUACACACUGUUGCAACAAGUAAUGUCAUUUGCUAUUUUAAAACAAUUACUGAUAAGUGUGACCAAGUGAUUAAUGUGGACUUGGACACUCCAGAUAGCAAAGAAAGUCAAUGGAUCAAUUGUAGGGGACCUGUCAUAACUCACUUCCGAAGGGACCGAGGCCGGGCAUGUCGUAAUCAGACGGAAAACUUGUAA